GCGAAGAGAGACGCAACUGAUUCUUCUCCUACUUUUGAUAGACGGGCUUGUUUCUUUCUUCUAGCCGAUUUUUGCUCCUUUGGUUCUCUAUCGACGUUCAGGCUGCUUUUCGGUCAUUCCUUCACUCUGAUCUGUGCCUUCUCCUGUCACUGAGCAGCCCCCCAGCAGUAUUCUCCCUUCUGAAGGAAUUCCCGGCUCAGUCAAAACGGAGUACAGCAUCAUUUUCUUCGGUGUUGAGACUCGAGAUCCCUCAAUCUAAUCUCACCGACUCGACUCCCUGGAAACCCGAGACAGAAUCGUCUUCUCUGGAAGAAUGGCCGGUCAAUCCAAACCCGCACUUUCUCCAUGGGGUAGCGCCGUUGCGGGUGCCACUGGUGCAGUUCUCGCCAAUGCAAUCGUCUACCCUCUUGAUCUCGUUAAAACCAAGCUGCAGGUGCAGGUGAAGAAAGCCGAUGGAUCGAAGGAUGAGGUGUCGGAGGAAGUCCACUAUAACGGAACAUGGGACGCGAUCGCAAAAAUUGUAGAGAAGGAAGGCAUCGAGGGCCUAUACUCGGGUGUUACUGGAGCUUUAAUCGGUGUCGCAUCUACCAACUUCGCCUACUUCUACUGGUACAGCGUUGUAAGGACAUUCUACAUGUCAUCGGAACGUGUGCCCAAACCUCCUGGAACCGCAAUCGAACUCAGUCUCGGUGCUGUCGCCGGUGCGGUUGCCCAGAUCUUUACCAUUCCCGUUGCCGUCAUCACGACCCGUCAGCAGACGCAGCCUAAGGGGGAGAAGAAGGGUUUGAUCGAAACCGGCAAAGAGGUUGUCAACAGUGAGGAUGGUUGGUCGGGUCUGUGGAGAGGUCUCAAGGCGAGCUUGAUCCUCGUUAUCAACCCAGCCAUCACCUACGGGGCUUAUCAGCGCCUGAAGGAUAUCAUUUUCCCUGGCAAAAAGAGCCUCAAGCCAUGGGAAGCCUUCCUCCUCGGUGCUAUGUCCAAGGCCAUGGCCACCAUUGCAACUCAGCCACUUAUUGUUGCGAAGGUUGGACUUCAAUCGCGACCUCCCCCAGCCCGCAACGGCAAGCCCUUCAAGACCUUUGGCGAGGUCAUGCAGUUCAUUAUCAAGAACGAGGGUGCACUUUCUCUAUUUAAGGGCAUUGGACCUCAACUCAUGAAGGGACUUCUGGUACAGGGUCUCCUCAUGAUGACAAAAGAAAGGAUGGAACUCAUGUUCAUUCUUCUCUUCGCAUACCUCAAGAAACUCAGAGACCAAAAGCUCCGCAAGGCCGUCGAUAUUGCGGCAUCAGAGGCUAAGGCCAGCCUCCCAGCAAUCUUGAAAUAAACGCAAUCCUUCAUUGCUCCGUCAUGGGUUGAAUUUUGCAUUCUUUCUCUUGUUUUCUCUCUGAUUGUACAUGGCGUGUGGGUGUUAGAUCUGCUUCUUCUUUUCUUCUUCUUCUUCUUUUUUUCUGUCUUCAUGAAAUGAGGAGACAGGAUUUCCGUAUACAUCCUGUACAUUUCACUUGCCCUGAUGUAUAGAACAUGC